CGCGAACGUAACAGGGAAGCGGGCAGAUGUAACGUCGGGCAUGCCCAUGUUGGUCAAGGAAUGCGUCUCAAAAUGUACACUUCUCUGUUCCCGUCUUGAUUUCGGAGAGUGGCCACAUCACGAGUAACAAUUUGCACAGGUCUGAGUGAUUUUGGAGAACAAUUAGGGCCUCACAAAUUUUGAGUUCAUAAUCAGCAUGGCAAUACUGGGCAGAAGGUUCACGAAUAUGUUCGUUGUUGUGAGGAUAAUAGGAAUGCUGGGUCUGAUCUGGUCUUGUACCAAACUAGUCCACCUUUCCUUGGAUAUGGUGCCCAAUGGAAAUGGGAAACUAGAAAAGAUUUUGAAAGGUGAUCUUCGUAGCCUGUGGGUAGAGGACCCGUGGACUGGGGACUCACGAUCACAUCUGAGACAGAUUCGACCAGAUGUAUCGCGCAUAAGAAGUUACUAUUACUACAUUCUUCACUGUGCUGUAAUAUAUUUCCUGAUGAUUUUCGCUACGUUAAUAAUGCAAAGAUGGAGCUUCGCUUUGUGGCUUCUAGCUGAAGUGACAGGUGUCAUUUGGCAAAUUUCUUUUUUCCUCAUGGAAAACUCAGUGGAACCAUAUGAACCUACAUUCGUGGACAGCAUUUCCAGUAUUGCAAGUAUCGGUACAGCAACGUAUAUGACCUGUUGUUUAAGCCAGUUAAGAGCUCGAAGAUGGAAUGACCUUCGCCAUCAUUGAAAUAAUAAUUACUCAUUGUAUUUUGUAUUCUGAAUAUAGGAAAUAAAUUAUUUUCAUAUUUUU